AAGAAAAUGGAAAAGAAAAAUUGCUCCUCUGUGGAAGAAUUCAUCUUCUUGGGAAUUACCAAGAACCCUGACAUGAGAGUAACCUUCUUCACCACACUCCUACUUGUUUAUCUCAUUAAUCUUCUGGCCAAUCUUGGUAUGAUCAUCUUAAUUAGAAUGGACACUCAGCUGCACACACCCAUGUACUUUUUCCUCAGCCACCUCUCUUUCUGUGACCUCUGCUAUUCCACAGCAAUUGGACCCAAGAUGUUGGUGGAUCUUUUAGUUGAGGAGAAAUCAAUUCCCAUUGUUGGUUGCGCUCUGCAGUUUUUUACAUUCUGCAUCUUUGCAGAUUCUGAGUGUCUACUGUUAGCAGUAAUGGCCUAUGAUAGGUACCAGGCCAUCAGUAACCCAUUGCUCUACACAGUGAACAUGUCCAGCCAGCUGUGCUCCCUCUUGAUGGCUGGAGUUUACCUGGUAGGAACAGCAGAUGCUUUGAUACAUACAACCCUGACCUUCCGCUUGUGUUUCUGUGGAUCCAAUGAGAUCAACCACUUUUUUUGUGAUGUUCCUCCUCUUCUAUUAAUAUCUUGCUCAGAUACAGAGGCCAAUGAGUUAGCUAUAUUCACAAUUUUCGGGUUUAUUGAGCUGAGCACCAUUUCUGGAGUCCUUGUCUCUUAUUGCUACAUCAUAUCCUCAGUCUUGAAGAUCUGUUCUGCUGAGGGGAGGUUUAAAGCUUUCUCUACCUGUGCUUCCCACCUGACUGCCGUUGCCGUGUUCCAGGGGACUAUGCUCUUCAUGUAUUUCCGGCCAAGUUCUUCAUACUCUUUAGAUCAAGACAAAAUGACCUCCCUCUUCUACACCCUGGUGAUUCCAAUGUUGAACCCUCUGAUUUACAGCCUGAGGAACAAAGAUGUGAAAGAGGCUGUGGUAAAAUUAAAGAAUAAAUGGUGA